AUGAGAGGAAGUCAUGGCUCUGCAAUCAUUUUUGACCUGUCAAGAAGAGAAAGCUUUGACAAAGUUGGAAGCUUUAUAAGAGAAAUUCAAGAGUCAAAUAAUCAAGAUAAGCCAGUUAUUUUGAUUGGAAAUAAAGCAGAUUUAGAAGGAUAUAGGCAAAUUUCAUUUGAAGAAGCUAAACAAUUCGCAGAUAGCAUAGGAGCAAGCUAUGCUGAAACGUCUGCAUUGACAGGUUUUAACGUUGAUGAUGCUUUUAGACUGCUUAUAAGUGAGGCUGCUUCAAAAGCUUUGCUAGAAAAUCCAUAG